AUGUUUACAUUCACGCGGCGAUUACUCAGCAAAAACUGGAAAUUCCUACCGAAUCGCGAGCGGAUAGUGUUCAAAAACAGAAAAGAGGCGUUUUUUGAUUUCGUCAAAGUUUCCGGAGCUAACCUCAUUUGGCAAAUUGGUCUCGCUGUUAUUGUUUUAGAAUUUGCAUUUCCAACGCCCGACAUCGUUUACGAUAUAAAGAGACUGAUUUCUCCCGAUUUUGAUCUGUUUUGCAAAUCCGGAAAUCUGGUGGAUUUCGAGAUGGCGUUUGAGAACAAAUUUCGGUCGAUUCGCAGGGAAGAAGUGCGCAGUUUGGAGCAGUACACGAAUGCAAAGGGUCCUGAAGCGAAAUUCGGUGGAAUUAUUUGA